UGAACAAGGGAGCUGGGAGCAGGAAAAAGAGAGGGCAGACAGUCCAAGUAGAGGGCAGAGCCUCUGUCAGCAUUGGUGGUGUGACACAGCACCUGACUCCCAGGUCCUGAUUCCAGCUGAGAGUACUUACAGCUUAGUGGCAAGGACAGCGGAGCAGCUGGGACACAGCAAGGCCUACAGGACUGGUGGGAGUGUGAAGAGAGGCAAGCAUAGGCUCUGGUCGGUGAUACCCGGGGAAUCCCAACAGCAGCCCAUGAAGAUCUGCACCCAGACCUAGUAGAAGAAGCUGGGCAGGUGUUCCUGUUGAUGAAAAAGGAUUAUCGAAUCUCCCGAAAUGUCCGUCUGGCUUGGUUCCUCAAUCACCUGCACCAGACGGUGCAGGCCACACCCCAGGAGAUGCUGCUCCAGUCUGAGCAGGAGUUGGAAGUCCUCAGUGUCCUGCCCCCUGGGUGGCAGCCAGAUGAACCAGUGCUUCCAAGGCCAUUCCUCCUUGUACCUUCCACCCGGGUCACCUUCCUCGCUUGGCAGUAUCGAUUUGUCGUUGAGCUCGACCUUAGCCCAUCUACUGGCAUUGUGGAUGAUUCCACAGGAGAGAUCUUGUUUGAUGAAGUUUUCCAUGCCCUCUCCCGCUGCCUAGGCGGGCUGCUUCGACCCUUCCGCGUACCCGGAUCUUGCAUUGACUUCCAGCCUGAGAUCUAUAUAACCAUCCAGGCCUACUCCUCGAUCAUUGGCCUGCAAGCCCACCAGGUGCUGGUGCAGGGCUGCCUUUUGGACCCUUCCCAGCGGGAGGCGUUCCUGCAGCAGGUGUACGAGCAGCUCUGUCUCUUUGAGGACAAGGUGGCCACCAUGCUGCAGCUGCAGUAUGACCCCCAGAGUCAGGCAGAGGACCAGUCCCCAGACUCAGGGGAGGCCCCGGGCCGGAAGGUGGGAGUCUCCAUGGUGACAGCUGACCUUGGGCUGGUCAGUAUGAUUCGUCAGGGCAUCUUGGCACUGCAGUUGCUCCCCUCAAACUCUAGUGCAGGUAUCAUUGUGAUUACAGAUGGGGUGACAAGUGUCCCUGAUGUUGCUGUCUGUGAGACGUUGCUGAACCAGCUGCGCAGUGGCACUGUGGCUUGUUCCUUUGUGCAGGUGGGAGGAGUUUACUCUUAUGACUGCAGUUUUGGCCACGUGCCCAACGUGGAACUGAUGAAGUUUAUCGCAAUGGCCACAUUUGGUUCUUAUCUGUCCACUUGUCCGGAGCCAGAACCAGGCAGCCCGGGUCUGACUGUCUACCACCGGGCUUUUCUCCUCUACUCCUUCCUGCGCAGUGGGGAAGCCCUGAACCCUGAGUAUUACUGCGGCUCUCAGCACCGCCUGUUUAAUGAGCACCUGGUCUCGGCCAGCAGCAACCCUGCCCUCGCCCUGCGCCGGAAGAAACACACAGAGAAGGAGGUGCCUGCUGACUUGGUCAGCACAGUGUCUGUACGGCUCCGAGAGGGCUACAGUGUCCGAGAGGUCACGCUGGCCAAAGGAGGGUCUCAGCUGGAGGUGAAGCUCGUGCUUUUGUGGAAACACAACAUGCGCAUUGAGUACGUGGCCGUGGCGCCCUGGCCCCUGGAGCCUGAGGGCCCUCGAGGAACACGGGUGGAAGUGACAAUGGAAGGGGGCUAUGACAUUCUGCAUGAUGUGUCCUGUGCACUAAGGCAACCCAUCCGCUCACUUUAUCGUACCCACGUCAUCCGACGAUUCUGGAACACGCUGCAGAGCAUUAACCAGACGGACCAGAUGCUAGCCCACCUUCAGUCCUUCUCUUCGGUCCCGGAACACUUCACGCUUCCUGACAGCACCAAGAGCGGAGUGCCGCUCUUCUAUAUCCCGCCCGGCUCCACCACCCCAGUGCUCUCACUUCAGCACAGUGGGUCCGACUCCUCCCACGCCCAGUUUGCAGCCUACUGGAAGCCGGUGCUGUCCAUGGAUGCCAACUCCUGGCAGCGCUGGCUGCACAUGCAUCGGCUGGUGCUCAUCCUGGAGCACGACACACCCAUCCCCAAGCACUUGCAUACCCCCGGCAGCAAUGGGCGCUACAGCACUGUGCAGUGCAGGAUCUCGCACUCCUCCCUGACUUCCCUGCUUCGGGACUGGAGCAGCUUCGUGCUGGUCGAGGGCUACUCCUACGUGAAGCUGCUCUCCAGUGCCCCUGACCAGCCCCCUUCCUCCUUCUACAUGGUCCGCAUCAUUUCCAAGGCCCCGUGCAUGGUCCUUCGCCUGGGUUUUCCCAUCGGCACACCGGCCCAGGCCCGACACAAGAUUGUGUCGGGUUUGCGGGAAGAGAUCCUGCGGUUGCGUUUCCCCCACCGGGUGCAAAGCAAGGAGCCAACACCCAAGGUCAAACGGAAAGGGCUGGGGGGCAUUGGUGGGGGCAGCUCUCCCUCCAAGUCCCCCCCCAUGCUGGGCCCGCAGCAGGCGCUGUCUGACCGGCCGUGCCUUGUGGUCCUGCAUAAACCCCUGGACAAGCUACUCAUCAGGUAUGAGAAGCUACCCCUGGACUACCGGGCACCCUUCUUACUGACACUGGAGCCACCGGGGCCACUGCCGUUGGUGUCAGGCCGCUCAGCCUCUUCUAGCCUAGCAUCGCUGUCCCGCUACCUGUACCAUCAGCGGUGGCUCUGGAGUGUCCCAUCAGGCCUGGCACCUGCACUGCCACUCAGUGCCAUUGCACAGCUCCUGUCCAUCCUCACUGAAGUCCGACUCUCCGAAGGCUUCCACUUCGCUUGCAGUGGGGAAGGAAUCAUCAACAUGGUCCUGGAGCUUCCAAUUCAGAAUGAGCCCCAGGCUGCCGGCGAAGAAAAGCACACCUGUGUCGUCCAGUACAUCCUCUUCCCCCCUCACUCUGCCUCUACCAAAGACAGCUUCUCGACAGAUGAUGACAAUGAUGUGGAAGUGGAGGCCCUAGAAGGAGAUUCCGAGCUCAACCUGGUCACCGAGGUGUGGGUGGAGCCUCAGUAUGGGCGGGUGGCGCCCGGCCCCGAGAGCUGGAAGCACCUCCGGGACCUGACGUACUCCGAGAUCCCUCGAGCUCUCCACCCUCGGGAUGCUGCCUGCAUAGGCUCCAUGCUGAGCUUUGAAUACCUGAUACAACUGUGCCAGAGCAAGGAGUGGAGUCCCCUGCCCCCAGAGCCGAGGGUCUCUGCUGCAUUGGACCAGGGAGGAGAUACCUGUGUCCACGAGAUUCCUUUCCAUUUUGACCUAAUGGGGUUGUUGCCCCAGUGUCAACAGCUGCAGAUGUUCUUCCUUCUGCUUUCCAGAGAGCCAGAGGGCGUCCCUCUCGCCAAGGGGCCCUGUCCCGCCAACGACACGGUGCUGUGCCUGCUGCACAGCUGCCUGGGGCAGGAGCUGAGUGACCGGGAGAUCCCGCUUACCGCUGCUGAGCAGGCCACCUUCUUGAGUGAGGUGCUGCGACGGGCCUGCCACAGUCCAGGUCCAGCGGAGCCACUGGCAGGGGGCCACAGGAUCCUAAAGGAUGGAGCAGUCGGCAGCACGCAGGCCACUGGAGAUGCAGCUCCUCCUCCCCUGGGUGGAGGUCCUGAGACGCUCAAGCCUCUCGUCUCUGCUCAGGCCCCUCAGUGGCGCUGCUAUGCAAGGCUUGUGACUCCCCAGCAUGUGUUUCUGACUUUCCUCCCUGCGACCUUCUCAGACGUCCAGCACCUGGCCGCCUAUGGCCUGGAGGGACCCUCUCAAGAGGAGACAAAACCAAAGUUUGGGGAUUGGAGCGGGGCCGCCAGCCUGAAAGAUCUGGGAGGACCUGGGGCGAGGGCUGCAAAGGCCCAGGUCCCCACACUCAGUGUCACCCCAGCCAGUGACACUGCCCAGAACCCAGAAGACCUCAGCCCACCGUGCCGUCGGGACUUACAAGCUUGUGCUGGGCGUCAGGCCCCGCAGACAGAGAGCGCAGAUGCUCCCCGGACCCGGUGUCCUGUUUACGUCUAUAGCUGUUCCCUGGAAGCACUGAGGGAGCAGAUGGUUGGCCUGCAGCCCCCUCAGGCACCCCGAGACCUCAUCUUCCGGACUCCGUUCCUCGACCAGCCGUCCUCGUCCUCAGCCUGGAUGGAGCCCAGGUUCAAGGAGGCAGCCAACCAUUGUGCGUUGCUGCAGGAGCACGCACAGCGUUGCUACGUCCGUGGGCUGUUCGGGAGUUUGCAGCAAGCACAGAGUGUCUCUUCGCAGGACUUGCUGAUCGCGGUUGAUGCCUGUGAGGAGCUGCUACAAGAAGUAGACAUCACCCCUUUCCUGCUUGCAUUGUGCGGCCACACUCGGGGUUUGCCUCAGGCACCUCCAAGCCCCGGGCCUCUCAGCCCUGGGCCCUUCAGCAGCAGCAUCGAGGAGGGCCCAGAGCCUCGGGAACGAGCUGUCCUGGCUUCUGAGUCCAGCAUAGAGACCGAGGACCUCAGCGAGCCUGAGUUUCAGAGCAGCCGUGUCCCUGGCCACCCAGACCCCAGCCUGGAGAUCUCUCUGACAGACGUCUGCCAGCUCAGAGGAGAGGCGCAUGACGCCCUUCAUGGCCUCAUCCAGGAGAAGUUCCUGGAGAUCAGCAGUCUCCACUUCCGCACGGUGCCCUCCAAUCCACACUACUUCUUCUACUGCCCUCCGUCCAGCCGGCGAGAGGAUGAGGGCCCUCGGGACACAGUGGACAGAAAAGUCAGUGACCUGGAGUUCUCAGAGGCUGAGCUCAUAGGAGAAGAAGGAGACACGGCAGCUUGCUGUGUGGUCACUGAGAGCGACCCAGAGCUUGAGGUGGAAUAUCGUGAGAGCCGUGAGCCAGAGCUGGGGCCGGCGGGGCUCGACUCCGCCUCACUGUCUGAUGCCGACACCAUGAACCCUGAUGAAGACUCCUUCAGCAUCCUGGGGGGCGACUCACCGAUGGGGCCGGAGAGCCUGGUGCGCGACCUGCCACCUCUCUUCCUGCACCUCACGUGCUCGGUGCGUCUGCGUGGGCAGCACAGCUCAGUACCCGUGUGCAGCCUGCCCACCUGCCUGGGCCAGGUGCUUUCCAGUCUGGAGGGCCCCCCCGUUGGAGGCCGAGUGCCCCUGAGGGACCUCAGUGUUACCCUGGAUGUCUUCGUGCUGACCUUGCCUCUGGAAGUGGAACUUCCCCCGACCUCGGACCCUCAGCACCACCGGUCCACGUCUGAAAGCAGUGCUUCAUUCCCACGAUCCCCAGGGCAGCCGUCAUCUUUAAGGUCAGAUGAUGGCCUGGGGCCCCCACUGCCACCCCCAGAAGAAGACAGGCACCCGGGACUGUCCAAUUUGGCCACACCCCACAGACUGGCUAUUGAGACCACCAUGAGUGAGAUCCACUGGUUGCUGGAGGAUGAGAUGGUGGGAGCCCUGCGAAGAGGGGGCAUCCCUCAGAGCCCUGCCCUGCACCGUGCAGCUGCCCACAUCCACAGCUCUCCUGGACGCUCCACCUGCCUUCGCCAAACCCUGCCACUGAGUUUUGUGUUUGGGCCAGAACGUUCCCUCACACAAUUCAAGGAGGAGUUUCGCCGCCUUCACCUCCCUGGCCAUGUUCUUCUUGAGGAUCCUGACAGUGGCUUCUUCUUUGUGGCAGUUGGCCAACAGCCAGGGGGGUCCCAAGGGGAGCCCCCUUCAGCAGCCUGGGCUUGGCACAGCCAUGAGGACAGGGCUGAAGGCAUCGAAGGGGAGGCCCUGACAGCCAGCCCCCAAGCCCCUGGCUCUCCAGAGGGUUCCGAGGGCACCCCCCUCCUCAGCCUGCCACAGGGAGGGAACCAGCCUGGGCCCAGCCGGGGGCUGAGCCUUAUGUCCAGUCAGGGCAGCGUGGACUCUGACCACCUGGGUUACGAUGGUGGCAGCAGUGGCUCAGACAGCGAGGGUCCCAAUGAGACCCUGGGGGAGAAGGCUCCCUUCAUGUUGCGGACCCCACCUGGGCCAACACCUCCACAGCCUUCGCUCUCAGGCCUCCCUGGGCCCUGCCUGCCUGACUUCUGGCUCAUCGUUCGGGUGCUACAGGAUCGUGUAGAAGUGUACGCCCACGCACAGAGCCUGAUUCGGGAGGAUGGAGGGCCAGGCGCCGAGUGUCGCCACCUGCAGCAGCUCCUGGUGAGGCGAGUUGGGGAGAUCUGCAGGGAGGUCAACCAGCGGCUGCUUCUGCAGGACCUCCAUGACAGUCACGUGUGUAACUCUCUUCUGGUGGCCGAGAGCGAAGAAGAUCUGUGGCGCAGCGAGACCCCCUUCCACUCCCGUCAGCGGGCACCACUGCCCAGUGAUGAUUACGCUGCUGAUGAGAGCUGUGCACCCCGAGGGUACCUAGCUGCCACAAUGCAGUUUGUCCCUGGCCAUUUCUCCUGUGACGUUGUGUGGGGAACCGUGAUUCGAGUCCAUUCACGCCUGAAAAUGGGGCCCAGCAUGGGGGUCUCUCGGGCCAUCCAGGCCCUGCGCUCCGUGCUCAAUGCCUUCUCUGUGGUGAACCGGAAGAAUAUGUUUGUCUAUCAGGAACGAGCAACAAAGGCUGUGUACUACCUGCGGCUCCUGGAGACGUCCUGCAGCGACCGGCCAUGGGAAGGCGAUGCGCUGCCCCCCUCCCUAGCUCUGUCCCGAAGCCAGGAGCCCAUCUACUCUGAGGAGGCCUCGGGGCCUCGGUCUCCCCUGGACGUGGCUUCUAGCCGCAGUUCUGAUGCUGCUCGUCCUGUGGGCCAAGUGGACAGGCAUAUCCAGCUUCUGGUACAUGGUGUAGGACAGGCAGGUCCUGAGAUUACCGACGAGCUAGUACGGGUGCUGCGUCGGCGACUGGACGAGGCCACACUGGAUGUCAUCACAGUCAUGCUUGUUCGGAACUGCAAGCUGACACCCGCUGAUGUGGAGUUCAUCCAGCCACCUGGCAGCCUCCCCUCUGAGGUGCUGCACCUGGCCCUCCCUGCCUCCUGCAGGCCCUGGCUUCCUGCCCUGGCCUGGUACCUGCGGCAGAACCUGCUCAUCUUCCUGCACUCACCCAAGUACACGGACAGCAACAGCCGCAACCACUUCCAGCAUCCACUGCCACCACAGGGCGGCCUCCCCGACUUGGACAUCUACUUGUAUAACAAGCCUGGUGGACAGGGCACCGGCGGCAAAGGGGUCGCCUGCAUCACUCUAGCCUUCGUGGAUGAAGCAGGAAGCCCCAUCUCACUGGCCUCUUGGCCCCCCUCCUCUCCGGGGCCCCUAGACCCACUGCAAGAGGAGGAAUUUGAGCAACUGACCAAGGUCACUCGCUGCCCGACUGUGCCGGAUGGUUCUUCAGCUCAGAAUGGGGCCCCACGGCUUCGACUGGAUGUGUGGGAGAAGGGGAAUAUCAGCAUCGUGCAGCUGGAGGAGAAGCUUCGGGGAGCGGCCCGCCAGGCCCUGGCUGACGCCGUCAUGGAGUUGCGGCUACUGCCAGCCUCCCUGUGUACUGAGGACGUGUCUCCAGGAAAUCUCCGGAGUGGGUCGUUGGAAACCAAGAGCCCUGCAGGCCGAGCUAGCACCUUUCCCCCUGGCCCUGGCCCUGGCCCUGGCCCUGGCGAGCCCGUGACACCACCCAGCAAAGCUGGCCGGCGUAGCUUCUGGGAUAUGCUGAGUAAAACAGAAUGUGGGGACUUGGGUUCCCCCAAAACAACCGAUGACAUUGUCCUGGAUCGGCCAGAAGACACCCGGGGCCGGAGGCGUCACAAAACCGAAAGUGUUCGGACUCCAGGUGGCACUGAGCGGGCACCAGGCUCAGAUUCUGGAGCCCAGAGACAAAGACGCAGGACCACACAGCUAGAAGAGGGUGAGGUAGGGACCCUGCAGCCUGUGUUUGCUCGUGUGACUCAGCGCUGGAUGGAGUUUAUGGUUCAGAUCGGUUGUGCCUCAGUGUCCAGGAGCUCCACCCACAUGGUGUCCCGAUUCCUUCUUCCAUCUGUCCUCUCUGAGUUCACGACUCUGGUCACCUCCAUGGCCGGAGAUACCAGCGUCCGUAUCUUUGAGCAGCAUUUGGGUUCAGAGCCAGAGAUCUUCAGUCCUUGCUCCCAUGGACAGCUGUGCCCAACGCCGCGUCCAGCGACGGAACGGCACCUGCUACUUCUGGGAAGGAACUUCUUGCAGUGGAGGAGACCAACCCAGCAGGCUGCCAAAGCUGUGCAGCGCUUUGAGCCAGGAGGCGACGGGAGCUGUGGGCGAAGCGCUCCCCGGCAGAGGUUCUUGCUGCUGGAGGUCGUGGACAAGAAGCUACAGCUGCUGACCUACAACUGGGCUCCAGACCUGGGAGCGGCCUUGGGCCGGGCACUGGUUCGCCUCGUGCAGUGGCAGAACUCACGUGCCCACCUCAUCUUCUGCCUCCUCAGCCAGAAGCUGGGGCUUUUCCAUCAUUGUGGCCAGUUGGACUUCCCAGUGCGGGACGAAAAGGAGCCAAACCCGUUCCUCCUGCCAACCAUGGAAGCAGAGACCCUCAUCCGGAGUGCAAGCCCCCCACUGAGCCGCGAACAGGGCCGGCUGAGUGCCUCCUCUCGGGGUGGGGGCUCCCUUCCCCUCGACACAUUCCCCUUUGAUGAGGCCCUGAGGGAUAUCACAGCUGCCCGCCCCAGCUCCUCUCUCGGCCCUGUGCCCAGACCCCCUGAUCCCGUCACCUACCAUGGACAACAGUUCUUAGAGAUCAAGAUGGCGGAGCGCAAAGAGCUGGAGCGCCAGAUGAAGAUGGAGAACCUGUUUGUGACAUGGCAGCAGCGUUCUGCCCCAGCCAGCAUGCCCAUCAGUGCUGCAGAGCUAGAGACCCUGAAGCAGUCGUCCCGCCUGGUACAUUACUGUGCAACGGCCCUGCUCUUCGACCCAGCUGCCUGGCUGCAUGGGCCCCCCGAUACCUCUGGGCCCCCCGAGGGCCAGCGGCGCCAUCGCCCCGAGUCUGGGGCUGGGAGCCGGGAGGCCCCCACCAGCUGCGAGUCCUCAGAUGCGCCCCCGCCAGGGGCCCGGGAGGAGCCGUGGCUGAAGGAGCUGAGCCUGGCCUUCCUGCAGCAGUACGUGCAGUAUCUACAGAGCAUGGGCUUCGUGCUGGUCCCGCUACGGCCCCCUUCCCCAGCCCGCAGCACCAGCCGGCUACGGGCCAUGGCCAUCCUUGGAACGGAAGGUCGAGGCUCCUUCUCCUGCCCUAAAACCAAGACUGAUGGGAGCCCCAAGAGCACCGGCUCUCCAGUCACCACCUACCACCUGCAGCGUGCACUGCCCGGGGGCAUCAUCCUCAUGGAGCUGGCUUUUCAGGGCUGUUACUUCUGUGUCAAACAGUUUGCCCUAGAAUGUUCCCGGAUCCCCAUGGGGCAAGCUGUCAACUCUCAGCUGUCCAUGCUGUUCACAGAGGAGUGCGACAAGGUUCGAGACCUGAUGCACGUGCACUCAUUCAGCUAUGAUUUCCACCUGCGCCUCGUGCACCAGCACGUGCUGGGUGCCCACCUGGUGCUUCGGCAUGGCUACCACCUGACCACCUUCCUGCGGCACUUCCUGGCUCACCACCCAGACGGGCCCCACUUUGGCCGCAAUCACAUUUACCAAGGGACACUGGAGCUGUCCACACCACUCAUUGCUGCCCACCAGCUGUACAACUACGUAGCUGACCACGCCAGCUCCUACCACAUGAAGCCCUUGCGGAUGGCCCGGCCAGGAGGCCCAGAGCAUAAUGAAUAUGCCCUGGUAUCGGCAUGGAACAGCUCUGGCUCCUACCUGGACUCCGAGGGGCUUCGUCACCAGGACGACUUCGAUGUGUCUCUGCUGGUGUGUCACUGUGCUGCACCCUUUGAAGAGCAAGGAGAAGCCGAGCGGCACGUUCUGCGGCUGCAGUUCUUCGUGGUGCUCACCAGCCAACGAGAGCUCUUCCCCAGACUCACCGCAGACAUGCGCCGGUUCCGGAAGCCACCCCGACUGCCCCCUGAGCCAGAAGCUCCUGGGAGCUCAGCUGGUAGCCCUGGGGAGGCCUCAGGGCUUGGUCUGGCCCCUGGACCGACUCCCCUGUUCCCCCCGCUGGCUGCAGAGGUGGGGGUGGCGCGGGCACGGCUGGCUCAGCUGGUCCGGCUGGCUGGAGGCCACUGCCGUCGGGAUACGCUCUGGAAGCGCCUCUUCUUGCUGGAGCCUCCGGGGCCUGACCGGCUACGGCUUGGGGGGCGCCUGGCUCUGGCGGAGCUGGAGGAGCUCCUGGAAGCAGUCCAUGCCAAAUCCAUUGGGGACAUUGAUCCCCAGCUGGAAUGCUUCCUGUCUAUGACGGUCUCCUGGUACCAGAGCCUGAUCAAAGUUCUCUUAAGCCGUUUUCCUCAGAGCUGUCGUCAUUUCCAGAGCCCAGACUUGGGAACUCAAUACCUGGUUGUACUGAAUCAGAAGUUUACAGACUGUUUCGUACUGGUGUUUCUGGAUUCCCACUUGGGAAAGACGUCUCUGACAGUGGUUUUCCGAGAGCCCUUCCCAGUACAGCCCCAGGACAGCGAGAGCCCCCCUGCCCAGCUGGUGUCCACCUACCACCACCUCGAGUCCGUCAUCAACACAGCUUGCUUCACCCUGUGGACCCGCCUCCUCUGAGGACCAGACUACUGAAUGGCACCAUUCCUUGAACCACAGGGGUCUGGAAGCUUGCCCACUUGAAGCAGGACUGACCAGCCCUUCUGGGCCCAGACUAAAGGGGACACCAGAAGCUUUGUGACUAGAUCUCGGGUCUGCAGCCCCAGCCUCACGGUGGGAGCUGCCCUUGUGAGCACUUGCCACUGUUGACUGGCCAGGCUUCGGAGGGGUAGCCCAACUCCCUGAGGUGCCCAUCUCCUCUCAGUCCCCUGGGCCCUUCCAGGAAGGGACUCCACCUUCCUGCUCACCUGGUGGAGUCCCAGGAAUUCACAGCAGUUGGCAAGCGCUCACCCAAGAGCUCCUCUGCCUGAACACCGCCUCCAAGGCCCCCAUGGCCAGCAGCCACCCCGCCCUGCUUUGAGCCCUCUGGUCUUCAUUUCCCACUUGAACAUCAUUGCCGGACGUUGCCACUGAGAUACGUCACCUUGGUUCCAAUGCCUGCUCUGCUUCUGAAGCCCCUGUGACCACAGGCAAGUCCCUUAGCUCUCGGACUUGUGGUCUGUGGUGUGUAAAUGAAGAGGUAGACUCAGAAACCCCCGUGUGCGAAGGAGACUGGAGCACUUGAGCAUGAGCCGGCCGUCCCUUCUCUUCCCUUCUCACCAGGCGGGAAGCAGCCCCAGGAGAGCGAGGGGUUAGACACUGUGUGUCCUCCCAGUGUCCAAUAACACACACAUGGGACAAUG